AUGUCUCGCGCGCCAAAUCCCACGGGCUCGCGCAAAAUCUCCUUCAAUGUCUCCGAGCAGUACGACAUUCAAGAUGUCGUGGGAGAGGGUGCGUACGGUGUUGUUUGCUCCGCGCUUCACAAACCCAGCGGCCAAAAAGUAGCGAUCAAGAAGAUAACUCCGUUCGACCACUCCAUGUUCUGCUUGCGAACUCUACGUGAGAUGAAACUGCUACGGUACUUCAACCAUGAGAACAUCAUCUCGAUCCUUGAUAUCCAGAAACCCCGCAGCUACGAGACAUUCACCGAGGUCUACCUCAUCCAGGAGCUUAUGGAAACUGAUAUGCACCGCGUUAUUCGUACACAAGACCUCUCAGAUGACCACUGUCAAUACUUCAUCUAUCAGACGCUGCGCGCUCUAAAAGCUAUGCACUCCGCCAAUGUUCUGCACAGAGAUCUCAAGCCCUCGAACUUGCUGUUGAACGCCAACUGUGACCUGAAAGUGUGCGAUUUCGGCCUCGCCCGUUCUGCUGCAUCUCAAGAGGACAAUUCGGGUUUCAUGACAGAAUAUGUCGCAACUCGAUGGUACCGUGCUCCAGAAAUCAUGUUGACCUUCAAGGAGUACACCAAGGCGAUUGACGUUUGGUCUGUUGGCUGCAUCCUCGCUGAGAUGUUAAGUGGCAAGCCGCUUUUCCCGGGCAAGGACUACCACCAUCAACUCACCUUGAUCCUGGAUGUUCUCGGCACUCCGACCAUGGAAGAUUACUACGGUAUCAAGUCACGCCGAGCUCGCGAGUACAUCCGCUCCCUCCCAUUCAAGAAGAAGGUCCCGUUCAAGGGAAUGUUCCCAAAGACCUCGGACCUUGCUCUCGAUCUCCUGGAAAAGCUCCUGGCUUUCAACCCCGUCAAGCGCAUUACUGUCGAGGAGGCCCUCCAACACCCGUACUUGGAACCAUACCAUGAUCCAGAGGAUGAGCCAACAGCCGCCCCGAUCCCGGAGGAGUUUUUCGAUUUCGACAAGAACAAGGACAAUCUAACCAAGGAGCAGCUGAAGCAGUUGAUCUACAACGAGAUCAUGCGAUAG